AUGUCAUCCAAGGACGACGACAACUUUGACCUCUACGACGACCCUUACGUCGCCACUGGACGCGGCGGAGGCGCAGACCCCUACGCCGAGGACGACGACGAUUACUACAACGGCGAUCACGGACGCGGACACGACAGGAGGGACAGAUUCCAAAACACCCGUGAUGUCCCUCCUUCCUCUUCCUCAUCCUCUUCUGCUGCCAAGAACGAGAACAAUAACAACAGAGAAGGAGGCAGUGGUCGAAAGGACUCUGAGGAUCGAGAUGGGUAUGGCCAUUUUCGGUCAAACAGCAACGACCAGGGUGAGCCCAAGUCCUACGGUGCUUCCUCGUCGACCUCGGGUUCGGCUGCAUAUGACCCUGCCCAGUCGUAUGACCAAAAGGACUCAUCGUCGUCCUACCAAUCAGGAUCGCAGUACACGUCUCACCAAGGCAACAACUUCCAGGACAACAAGUCCUACAACCAGCAGGCGUCUCAGUCUUCGCAGCAACAACAGCAGGAGUCAGCGUCGGGAGGAGGUGGAGGAGGACAGAGCUUGAAGAAGUAUUUCUCACACUAUGGAGAGUUGACGGACUGUAUGGUGAUGAAGGACCCAAUGACGAACAAGUCCAGAGGAUUCGGAUUCCUCACCUUCCUGGAUCCCAGGAACGUCGAUGCCGUCUUGAAGGAGGACCACCACCUUGACGGAAAAAUGAUCGACCCAAAGAGGGCAAUCCCCCGCGAGGAACAGGAAAAGACGGAAAAGAUCUUUGUGGGCGGGAUCGCAGCGAACGUGACAGAGGAAGAGUUUGCAAACUACUUUUCGCAGUUUGGGCAUGUGCUCGAUGCAACUCUGAUGCUCGAUCGUGCAUCAGGUCGGCCUAGAGGAUUCGGAUUCAUUACCUUUGAAUCUGACCGUGGAGUUGAUGCUGCUUUGAGUCGUCGUGACUUGAUGCUCCAUGAUAAGCCUAUUGAGGUAAAGAGAGCGCAACCAAAGCACAGGGCAGACACCCGCGGAAACACCGGAGGCAACCAAGGAUUCGGAGGCCAGGGCGGGUUCAACGCCGGAGGAUAUGGAGGUCAGACCGGGUUCGGAGGAAACGCAGCCGGCGGUAACCGUGGUUUCGGUAUGGACAACAUAGGUGGUAUGAUGGGCGGCGCCGGUGGGUUUGGCGGCUAUGGCGCUGGUAUGGGUGGUAUGGGUGGUGGUGCAGGAGGACAAGGAGGUGACCCUUACCAGGCUAUGUACGCCGCUGCUGCUGCGCGAUAUGGCGCCAACCCUGCUGCCGCGGCCGCAUUGGCGCAACGUUACCGGUUGGCUGCUGCAGCCGCUGCAGCCGCCUAUGGAGGAGGUGGCGCUGGUGGUCCUGGAGGUAUGGGUGGGAACAGUGCUGGAGGUGGCGGUGGGUUUGAUCCCAACAUGAACAUGCAGGCUGCCAUGGCAAACUUCUAUCGUCAGCAGUUUGGAUAUGGUGCCGGAAAUGCAGCAGGCCAAGGCGGUGCUGGAGGGUAUAAUAACCAAAACAACGCAGGCUAUGGUGGCGAUGGUGGUGGUGAUCAGGAAGGUGGUGGAAACUCGCCAUCACAGAGACGCCACGGCGGCCAAGAUGGUGGUGGUUCUGGUGGAGGAUACAACAACAACCAGGAUUCGAGGGGAAGUGGCGGAAACAACAGCAACUACAGCUCGGGUGGGCGACCAUCGAACCAAGGAAGCGGAGGAUCGCGUCAGAGCGGAUCUGGGGGCGGUCCUGUUCGUGGUGCUGGUAGCAGCAAUAGCGGUGGAGGAAGCAGUGGUAGUGCUGGAGGAUCAUCGUCCGGAGGACAUGGUCGUGGCGGUGGUGGAUCCUACCAUCCUUACCAGCGGUAG